AACAGCUGUUAACAUUACAUUUCCAAAGUAUUUAAUUAAACAAACUGAUACAAUGUCUUUAAAUACAUACAGUUCAUUAUAUUUUUUCAACGGUAUUCAAUAACCAGGUGAAAUACUUUGCAAUUAUGGCUGGAUUAUAAAUAAGAGGUGCCCUAAAUGGGCACCCAUUAUCUUUAUGUAGUGUAGGUUUAAUUUAAAUAUUUAGUAGACUUCAAAUUAUUUAUGAAAAAGGUUUCCUGUUAUAUGCUAACAAUUAAAACUCACACUAAGACCUUAUAUUUUGUCACUGAUAUUGAUACUGCAGUUGAAAAUGGCAGUUACAAAGGGUAUAAUUAAUAAUUUGGAGCAUGAUUGCACUUUAUUGUGUAGAUCAACUGAUCAUGGAUGCCAAAUAACAAGUGCACUCACAAAACGUGCAGUAACAGAUGAACAGUUGGGUGCUUACCUGAACUGGAUGUGUACCAAUUGCGGAGAAGUGAACGACACAGAAGGGAGAACUGCCUUACAUUUGGUUGCAUCUUGUGGUCGGUUGAAGCUAAUGAAAUAUUUAGUACAUGUGCAUGGUGCAAAUUUGAACUUUGCCGACAAAGAAUCUGGCUGCACAGCUUUACACCGUGCUGUAUUCUAUGGACAAAUUCAUAUAGCAGUGAAUUUAUUGAAACUAGGUGCUGAACUUAAUAUAUAUGACAAUGGUCAUUUAACUGCUAUUGAUUAUGCUAUCAGAGAUAGAUAUCCUCCACAAAAUUUAAAAGUUAUAAACUCAGGUGAAGUUUAUACUUGGGGCUCAAAUGAAAAUUACACACUUGGAAUUGGAAAUCAACAAUCGCGUAGUUAUCCAGAUUUAUUAGACAUCUUUCGAAAAGAAAAUAUUUCCAUAAAACAAAUAUCUCUUAAUAAAUUUCACACAAUAUUUUUGACUAAUACUGGGCGAGUAUACACAUGUGGGCAUGGUCAAGGUGGAAGACUUGGAAAUGGUUCAGAAAAUACUGUCUUAUAUCCUCGAUUGAUAAACUUUAUAGCGUCAGGUAUUGCACAAGAACCAUGCGUAAGCAUUAGCGCUGGCCGUGAUCAUAGUUUAUUUGCAAUGGAAUCAGGAAUGGUAUGGUCUUGUGGUUUAAAUACAUAUUCUCAGCUUGGUCUUGUGGAUUCUCCCAAAAUGAUACUUUCACCAAAACAUAUAAAGGGAAAAUUAUCUUCUGUUCAAAAUGUAUGUGCCGCUAGAUUUCAUUCAGUGGCUUGGGGACCAAAAGCUGUUUUCACUUGGGGCUUAAAUGCAGGACAACUUGGACAUGAUAAAACGAUGGAAGAAUAUAUCAAUGUGCCAAGAAAGGUAAUGGGGCUAGGAGCUGCUGAAAUAACAUCAGUUGCUACUAGUGACGGGGCUACAGUUAUUGUCACUUCAACAGGACAUAUUUAUGUUCUACAUGAGUUUCAAUGCCGAAAAAUAGGCUCAAAAAGAAAUGAUAUUGCAUCCAUAUCAGUUAUUGGGGGACAUUUAAGCCCAAGUCAUGCUUUAUCUCAUACUUUAAAAGAAAAAGGUGGAGAUCAUCUGCGAAUAUUGGUUUUGACAUCAGAUGGUUUAUUAUUUGUGUGGACUGAAUCUACUCCACAAUUAGUAAGAUGCAUUUAUUCUCUCAAGAGGCCCUUGUCUAUAAGAUCUUUAUGUGUGAGUUUGCAUCAUGUUUACUUAAUAACAGACCUAGGGGAAGCUUUUAAAGGUGAAUUUAAACCUUCCAAGUCCAAAAAAGAUAGUUCUUCUGGUAAUAAUACAGAUGCACGACAGUCUUCUUUCACUAAGUUUUUGAACAAACAUGAAUGUGCCAUUAUUAAAGUUCAAAGAAUUCCUAAUAUAUAUAGAGCUGUGUCGGUGGUUUGUGAUAUUAAAGGAAGAAAUUGUGCAAUCGUACAGGCAAAUCCUGUGAUUGAAACAUCUUAUGUUUCACAUAUAUCUAAUUCUGUUUUGCAAUCACAAAUGCUUGAUUUACUAGAAAAUGCAUCACAAGAGGAUUCUUUGCAUGAUGUUGCAUUCAAGGUGGGAGAUACUAUUUUUCCUGCUCACAAAUAUAUAGUUUUUGAUAGUGAUAAAAUUAAGAAAAUGUGCGAAAACUCUAAGAAUUCUAGUAUUAUUGAAAUUAAUGAUAUAGCACCACUUAUGUUCAAACAACUUUUGACUUUUUUGUACACUGGAACUUGUGAUUUAUUAAAAAUUGGACCAUGCCAUAUUAACUUUGGAGCUUGCAACAGUGGAACUGUUUCCCCGGAAAUUAAUCUAGAUGUAUAUGACGAUUUAAAUGCAGAAUAUGUGUUUGUAAAGAGCAAAAAUGAAAAAAAUAAGUCAAAGUCUAAAAUAAAAAAUGAGAAAUGUGACUUUGAUGUCAAAAAAGACCCAAUAAGACAAUUGCAAUAUUAUGCCAAGCAGUUUGGACUUUUUGAUUUAUAUUCCAUAUUAUCAAAUUAUAGAUUUGAUAAUGGCUAUAUUUGUUAUUCGGGCAAAAAUAAUAAUAAAACUUUUAUUAAACAGUUUUCUCGUUCAAUACAUCCAGAAUUGUUUGAUGUUACCAUUAAAUCAACAUCUGGAAAUGAUACUAUUUCAAUUAAAGCACAUCGUUGUAUUUUAGUUGCAAGACUAGAAUAUUUUUAUGGAAUGUUUAUGCAUGAGUGGCAGGAGAAUAAGUCAAAUAACAUUAUUAAACUUCCAUUCCCUCAAAAUAUACUGGAGAUUGUGAUAGAUUUCUUAUACUCUGAUGACUGGUGCGAUAAAGACACAUGUAAUGACAUAGAUUUUAUAUGUCAACUAUUAAUUGUUGCUGAUCAAUUGUUUAUAACUCGUCUUCGAGAGAUGUGCGAAGCUGUUUUAGCAAAGCAUAUAACAAUAAAAAAUGUUGCAACAUUUCUUCAGUUUGCUACUGUAUACAAUGCAACGAAACUUCAUAUGUGCUGUGUUAAAUAUGUGUGUUUAAACCUAGCUCCAUUACUUGAAAAUCGAUACUUGGAAGUUCUACCUGAUGAGAUAUUAUUUGAGCUCACCAAGAAAUAUUUGUGCUUCAAUAAGUAUAUGUCGACAAGAGUAUUAACACCUUAUUCUAAUGCACCAAGUGAUGAAGUGAUAAAUGAAAUUUAUGAAAAAUUUUAUAUUGAUGUAAAUGAUUUAUCAGAGAGUAAUAAAAAGAAACAAACUCCGAGAAAGAAAAAUUUGCCAAAAAGAAUUUCUGAGUCAGAUAGAGGUCGUAUGCGUAAUGAAAGCAUUUCUGAAAAUUUGAGUGAAAGCCCAAAAGUGACAAAUGGACAUAUAAUUGAGAGCCCUAAAUGUAACAAUACAAAGAUGAGCAAUAGCUCUAAAGCAAGUAAAGAACACCCAAAUGUAACCAAUGUUUUGUUAACUACUAAGGUAGAUAAUAAAAUUUUGAAUAAAGCCAUAAUAGACGAGAAAGCUAUUGAUAAAUAUACUAAGGAAAUAACUGCAGUACAAUCUCGAUUGAGAGCAAUAGCACUAGCACAUGAAAUAGUUGAUAAUGAAGAAAUGAAUUAUUCAGAAGACCAUAAAUAUAAUGAUACAAAUUUUCCUGUUUUAGGAAAAAAAUCUAUAGAAAAGGAACAAAUUCCUAAUGCUAAAAAUACUUUAGAGCAAACAGAACAUCCAAAGAAGUCUCCUUAUGCAAAAAUUUCACAGAAACAACGAAAGAAACAAAUUGCUCUAUCUGUUACUGAUAAUAUAAAGUCUGAAUCCCAUAUUCCAUCAUCUGCCUGGGAUAUCAAAGAUGUGACCAGCUAUAGUUUUGCAAAUAUUUUAAAGAAUGAACAAAAUAGCCCAACAAAAAAUGAUGUUUUACAAAAUUUGUCUAUAAAUAAUUGCAUCAUGUCGCCUAGUAAUAAUCUGAAUAUGAGCCCUGUUGGAAGUCCUAAAAGUUCAAGAUUAUUGUCUUGUAAUGAACCAGAUAUAGUUUUCUCUUCCAUCCUCGCUGAUGAACGCCAACAGCGGGAAAAUUAUUCUAAAAUGAAAUCCAAGCCUCUUGUUUUGACACAAAUUGAAGAUAGAGCAAUUGAAGAUUUAGAAAAGUUUUACAAUGUUGAUGAAAUACAAGAUGAACUGAUUACCAUAGCCAGAGUAUGUAUGGUAUAUUCUAGCCCUUUGUGGGUUCAAAAAUAAAUAACUAAUCACUUAUUUAAUAAGUGAACUAAAAAUUAUGUUAAUAAAAAUUAAUA